CACAAGCAAAGUAUUUCAGAUGUAACAGUAUGUCAGGUUAUCCACCUCAUCCGUUCUUAGGGUACCCUCAGGGGUCUACUGGAGUACCUGCUCCUGGUUAUGCCCAGGCCCCUACCUCGGGGUAUCAUCAGGUAGCUUCUGGGGGACUCGUUGGACCACCUGGGAAUGCUCAAUAUUACUCGCAGGUUGGUUUACCUGGAGCUCAGUCUGGAUUUACGCCUGGUUUUCUUCCCUCCGCUUCUUACACUCAGGGUGGGCAUCCUGGCCAAGUGAGUGUUCAUCAUUUUUCCCAGCCUCCCCCUCCUCCACCCCCCACACACUCCUCCUUCUACUCCCAACCCUCCCCCUCCUCGUCCUACACUCAUCCUUUCCUGCUCCAACAGACGCAGGGACUUAGCCUAGCCUCCCCCACACACUCCUCAUCUGAGCUCCCCUCCCCUCUUGGUGGAGCUCCUCAUCCUUCUCUUCCCUUCAGUCAACCCUCUCCGACACCUGUACGUUGGUCGUCUUCUGAAUCUUCAAACCCAGUCAUGUCCAGAAUGUUUAUACCUGGACAACCGUCCGUUGGAGCAGAAGUCCAUGGGCAGUAUUCUGAUAACCGUAGUCAACACUCUGAGGACCGUAGGCAGUAUUCUGAUAACCGUACUCAACAUGCUGGUGACCGUGGGCAGUAUUCUGAUAACCGUAGUCAACAUGCCGGGGACCGCGGCCAAUAUUCUGGUGACCGCAGCCAGUCCGCCAACAAGAACGAAUUCAAGGUUCCAAAUGAACCAUUUGACAAGAAACGAGGUGGAAGAGGUAGGACUGAAAGAGAUGGAGGGGGCAGAGGAGGAGGAGGAGAAGGUGGUAGCUGGGGUGGAGGUGGAGGAGGCAGUAACUGGGGUCGUGGAGGAGAAGGAGGACCCCCUUCAGGUUCACGUUGGACACCUUCUCCUUCCUUUAGAGCUGCACCUUCACCUAGUGGAGCUGAUCUCCAGGAUUUCGGAGACAUGGGAGCAGCAGCCAGGAGCUACUCUGGAGCAAGCAAAAGUAAAGGUGAAUCGGGAUUUUCGAGAGUUGAAGAUAUGCCAAGACAUAAAGAUACAAACCAGUACAGGUUAGAACACGGACUCACAGUAUUUGAUAGAUCCGCAUCUCAGAGUGAAGGAUUGUCCCUGGUCCCGGACCCGUUCCAGAGGUUCCAGGAUUUCCCGGGGAUUACACCCCAGCAGCUGAACUGUUUCCUCGCCGCAGGGUUCACUACACCAACUCCAAUACAGGCCCAAUCCUGGCCUAUAGCCAUGAAGGACCGUGACUUAAUUUCAAUUGCCAAAACAGGUUCCGGCAAAACAUUGGCUUUUCUGCUUCCUGCUUUCAAGAAAAUGGAUGCCAGAUCUAGUGGAGGGCGGGAGAGAAAUAAACAAAUAAACUGUUUAGUCCUGGCUCCUACUAGAGAACUAGCAACACAGAUUCAGGAGGAGGCGGUUAAGUUUGAAGGAGCAGGAUACAAGAGCGCGUGCGCGUAUGGUGGAGCACCCAAGAAAGACCAACUCAGAUGUAUACAAGGAGCCAAUAUCCUAGUGGCUACUCCAGGCCGUCUCCUAGACUUUCUAGAGGGAGGACAGGUUGACCUGAGUGGUGUAUUCUACCUGGUAAUGGAUGAGGCUGACCGUAUGCUGGAUAUGGGGUUCGAACCUCAGAUUAGAGAUAUAUUAAAGAAGGUACCAAAACGCAGACAAACCUUGAUGUUUUCGGCCACAUGGCCGGAGGAUGUUAGACGAUUGGCUCAGGGAAACCAGUUGAAUAAAAUCAUGCUUUAUUGUCCCGCCUGGAUUUUAACUGUAAGCGUAAUUUCAAGUGACCUUCCAUGCAAAGUUGGCAUUAUCUGAUGUAUAACGCUACCC